GUGUUGUUGGUGAUUCUUGUCGUUGAUUGUACUCGUAUGCUUUCGCUUAGAAAUUGGAAUAUAUCUCAGCUAUGUUGUGCAAUAGCUUUUGUGAUUGAUAGUAUUCCAGAUAGAAAUGGGGAUGUAUCUCAGUGCCCCCAAAACUGAAAAAGCAUCACAAGAUGGGGAGAAUGACAGACUUAGAUAUGGGUUGUCAUCAAUGCAAGGGUGGCGUGCAACCAUGGAAGAUGCUGAGAGAGAGCUAGAGCGAGAGAGAGAGAGAUCGACACAAGAGAGAGAGAGAGAGAGAGUGACGGACAAACGGAGAUUGACAGAUGAGACCGCGAGAGAGAGAGAUGUGAUUCAAAGUUGCAGACACAACCAUGUAUUUUCUCCCUCUAGUUGCAGAGGCAUAGCCAGUUGCCGAGCAAGGAAGAAAGAAGAGCUUCAGUUUUAAAAUGCUUACUUAAUCGGGCUGCUAUUGCUGGUUUGGGCGUAUCGGCUGUUAGUGAUGAUGAUGAUGAUGCUGAGCACA